UGUGCUGCCAUGCAUCCAGGUGUGUGUGGCUCUGCGUUUCUACGCCACGGGGUCAUUUCAGAGUGCAUGUGCAGACCUGGCAGGUAUUUCUCAGCCGACGGCAAGCAGGAUCAUCAAGCGAGUGACGAGAGCCUUGCUGAAGCAUGUACAGCAGUGGAUUAUAUUCCCCGACCAGAAAGGAAGCAGACAGGCAGAAGAGCAAGUUCUAUAACAUCGGGGGAUUCCCCAAUGUCGUUGGGUGUCUCGAUGCCACCCAUAUAAGGAUCCAAGCUCCGAGAAACAAUGAACACGAGUAUCUCAACCGAAAAAAUUAUCAUUCACUAAAUGUUCAGUUUAUCUGUAACGCCGACAUGCUGUUCAUCGACGUGGUAGCCAAAUGGCCGGGCAGUGUGCACGAUGCCCGCAUUCUUCGCCAGUCUCGUUUCUUCUCUGCCUUUGAAGCCAGCCCCAGACCAGUGGACGGCACCAUGCUGGCAGACAGCGCCUAUAUGAUGCGCGAGUGGCUGAUGACACCUUACGAAAACCCAGCCACCUAGAGCAGUGGCGAUACAACGUGGCACACAGCUCCACACGACGCCCAGCAACGAAAGCUAUCAGUGAGUGUUAGUCCAUCAAGUACAAAUCAUUAUUGGUAAACAGACAAGUUUGAGCUUUUAAGCACUUUAGGUUUCUGCAGUCAGUAUGGUUAUGAAGGUUGUUAUGUUUAUUAUGUUUAUGCAGGGUUUGCGAAGAAAAGAUGGCAUUGUCUCCGUGGACUGCGGUUAGAACCGGAGAAGGCCUGCCAGGUGACAGUGGUGUGUCUCAUGCUCAGCAACCGGGCCCGCUUCCUCAACUUGCCAGAUCCUCAUGAUGAUGCUGAGGAUCAAAACGAUGAGCAUGAUGAUCAAGAUGAAGAUGAACUCAAAUAUGACUUGCUUCAGGAUAAAGUAGCUACACAGGAUCUUUCGAAUGAGAGGACAAAGGUUGAAGAAGGUGAAACUGCAAGGAACAGUGUUGCUUAUCGAUUCUUCUGGGGUUUGUAACAUUAACUCUGCAGUUUUUGUGGUUAAUGCCAAUGGACUUACAUGACCACAGAAACUGCAUUACACAGUAUUUACUCCUUAUGGUGUUCAGUGAGUCUGUGCACUAGGGCAAGCCCUUUCGGAUUUACAACUCUACCAUAAACAUCAAAGACAACAUAAGCAAUGCCAUGGCACUUAUUAUGUAUACCUCAUUUCUUUUAAACAAUUCUUGUGAGACAUUUUGAUUGUUUUACUUUUAAGUGGAGCAAUGAAGAAGACUAUCCAGCAAUAACAUUAUAGCAGAGGUAUAGGCGUUCAAUGCCUAGCAUUUUUUUGACUGAGGCAUAUUCUCAUUGUUUGCACGAAUGUCUUCAAAUUAAACAUAACAAAUUACUACAGCAACAGGAGCUUGAGAGAUAAAAAAAAAUAACAAAGAAAGAAAUUUACUUCAAUUGUUACGUUUCUUUAAAAAUAAAACUUUGCUACAUGACCCCUCUUUCCAAAAGGGUUACUGAUUCACCAAGAGAAAAUAUGAAUGCUAAGAAAUAUCUGGGCACGUAAGUUAUGACAGUUCAAUGAGCUGUGAGCAAGACAAACACCAAAUAUAAACCUUAUAAAAACAUGAUUUAUCCAGUGCAUCUUGGUGAUGUGUGACAGGAUUUUUUUAAGUGAAAAAGUUUGCAUGGCCAAGUUAUCAUGAUGUAAGUACAUAGAGUUUUUAAUCCCAAGAGUAUGAAAGAAUGUGAAUCAUGAGUGAUGGAAGAA